AUGGGCAUGAAAGAUAUCCUGGCCAGCGGUCUCACGCAACCUGGUGACCUCCGCGUACUUGCCCAAUAUUGGUUAUUCAGCAACCAACGUCGCUCCGCUCCACAGAGCAGCCUCACAAAUACGAGACGCGACCAGAAAACUAUGCAGAGAUGCUGGGAACUGCUCGACACGACCAACAAGAAUGCCUCGUACAUCGUCAAGGAGUUAGACGGUGAACUCGCUCGUGUGAUGUGUCUAUUCUACGUCAUACUGGGAGCAUUGGACACGAUCAUGGACGAUCGGGCGUUGGCGGAGGAAGACAAGCAAUCCCUGCUGCGCUCUUUUCACGAGAAGGUCGUCACACCUGGUUGGAGCUUCACUGGAAACGGACCGAACGCAAAGGGUCGUGUCAUCCUGACCGACUUCGCGAACGUUGUCGAGGAGAUCGCCGCAUUGGACUCGGAUUGUCGCAAUAUCAUCGUCGAUAUCUGCCAAAAGAGAGAGAUCGGCAUGGCCGACUACGCGAAUCUCGCUGCUGCUUCUGGAGAGAUCUUGAUAUCGACGCUAGAGGACUACGACAUGUACUGUCACUACAUGGCCGGUCUCACCAGCGAAGGCCUAUCACGUAUCUUCUCCGCUACAGGAAAGGAAGCACCUUGGCUGGCCGACGAGCUCGAACUCUCGAACUCAGUAGGCUUCCUCCUCCACAAAGCCAACAUCAUCCGCGGCUUUCGCACGGACGUUGACAGCCGUCGACUCUUGUGGCCGCGCGAGGUUUGGGCAGAUCCCAAGUUCGGCAAUGGCGCAUCUAUUUCCACCAUUGCACAGCUGUACGCACCCGGUCAAGAGGCGCGCGCCGCGUGGGUCCAGACCGUGAUGGUCAUGGACGCGCUUCAACAUGCGCCUGACACACUCGAUUAUCUUCGUUUCCUCCGUGACCCGACCGUCUUCCGGUUUGUGGCGGUAUCGGCCGUCAUGGCGAUGGGGACACUCGAGCUGUGCUUCAUGAAUCCAGAAAUGUUCCACAAGACUGUCGAGCUUCGUGUGGCGCAGGUAGCGCGAUUCACGAUGGAACCGAACAGCAUGCGCGACGUAGCAUACCUUUUCCGCGAUCUUGCGCGCGCAAUCCACGCCAAGCUGUCACCCAAAGAUCCGAAUUUCAUCCCGCUGGCAGUCUCAACCAGCAAGAUUGAACAAUGGGCGGAACACUACUAUCCCUCCUUCGUACCGAUAGUCCAAGGCCGCAGUCGCUCUCAUAUCAUUUUCAACGCCAACGCCAGAGACCCGCAGACCGCGCUUGGUCAAGCCAUUGACGACCAGGUCUCUGCAGAGAAGACCUUGUCAGCGACUGCGGGAGCUCGUACCUAG